ACCAAGAAGCUCGAUCCAAGAACCCGAUUGGGGUCUCCGAACCAAACCCACUAGGGGUUUGGCUGGCAAUUAAUGGCUCAUGACGCCACCACCUCGCCAUCACCACUUUACAAACAAAAUUCAUGGUCACCUGACCUAGCUCGAGACGAGGAAUGGUCGAAACGAAAAGGGAAACAUGUGAACCGUAGACAUCGAAAGAGCAAGAGUGUCACUGAUGAAGAUAUUGAUGAGCUUAAAGGUUGUAUUGAGCUUGGUUUUGGAUUCGAUCAUUCUCCUGAAUUGGUUGACCGCCUUUCGACUACUUUACCUGCUUUGGGCUUAUAUUAUGCGGUCAACAAGCAAUAUCAUGAUACAAUAUCGAAAUGUUCAUCAUCACCUAAUUCCUCAUCUUCCAUCAUUUCAUACUCGUCUAGUACUCUCUCGGAAGAGCCUGAUUUCUCUUCUCCAUCAAACAGCCCUCACACCAUUAUCAAACAAGGGGAUAAUCCACAUAGGGUGAAGACAAGAUUGAGGCAAUGGGCUCAAGUUGUUGCUUGUUCGGUUCGGCUAUCAUCGUCAUCAUAAUAAUAAUCAUGAAAAACAAAAGAUAAACCAACCAUGGUUAGAUCAGCUAAACCAAAGUUGUAGUUUAAACAAAACGAGUUAAUUGGGACCAACCAAAAAUAUAUAUAGCUAGAUCUUUGUUUAAUUUCUAAGAUAUUUUCAUUGCAUUCAUGAUGAUGUCAACCCCUCAUGUUUCUUGCCUCUUUUUAUGAUGUGUAUGUUGUUUUAUAUGUACUGUAUUUCCUUUGGUUAUAGAGUUGUUUAAUGGUACAGUCUUGUUGACCAUGUCAA